GUUGUGGUUGAUUCUAACCCUCUCCUUGAUCUGACAGUAUUUCUUCAUCGUGUCCAUGAUGUUUACAGCUGAGGUUACUGGGGUUAUUUUCAUCUUGGUGUACAAAGAUCUGGUGGAGGUUAUGAUUCGUGGAGCCAGUAAGGACUCUUUACGGAUGUCCUAUAUGGGACCAACGGCUUCAGACCCCAUAUCAACAGCCUGGAACACCAUCAUGGUCCAUUACAAGUGCUGUGGCUUUGACAACUCCACGGAUGACUUCAAGAACUCCGUGUUCAGUGCUAACACUGGCCUGUUGUACCCCAAGACGUGCUGUGUUGACCUGACGAGCACCGCCUGCGACGGCCUCGACACCACCCAGGGCCUGAUACACCCAAAGAGCUGCAUUACCAAACUGAUCAAUGUGAUCCGGGACCAGAGCGUCAUCUUUGGCUCCACUGCUUCUGGGAUCUGUGUCAUGGAGGUAAGUGUCCUUUCAGAUUAGCCCAAACUUA